GAUGACCAGAGACUGCGGACACAGUACAGGGAUGACCAGAGACUGCGGACACAGUACAGGGAUGACCAGAGACUGCGGACACAGUACAGGGAUGACCAGAGACUGCGGACACAGUACAGGAGAUGACCAGAGACUGCGGACAUAGUACAGGAGAUGACCAGAGACUGCGGACACGGUACAGGGAUGACCAGAGACUGCAGACACAGUACAGGGAUGACCAGAGACUGCAGACAGUACAGGAGAUGACCAGAGACUGCAGACACAGUACAGGAGAUGACCAGAGACUGCGGACAGUACAGGGGAUGACCAGAGACUGCGGACAG